GCAGAAUAAUAAUGCAAUAUGAUUUUAAAGUGCGUAAGAUAAAAUUGAAGGUUGAUGAUAGUUGCAGAUAUAGAUACAUAUGAUGUGUUCUACCUAUAAAUAACAGGGUGAGAUCAAAACAGUUAUUCAGUUUACUACCAGUGACAAUAUCGACAACAUGAACUUCUCGCUCUUCGUCCUUCUCGCCACCACCCUCGCCUGCGGCCACGCCUCCGUGCUAGGCUGGGGUGGCGCCACCCUCGUCGGCCCCGCCAACCCCGGUGCCCUCCUCCAAGGCCCCGCCUCCCGCGCUGUCGUCGCUGGUCCAGACGGCAGCCUCGUCACGGCGGCUGCGCAGGCCGGCGCUCUGGCUGCCGCGCCCAUUCCUGGGGGCGUGGUCUCGGCUGCUGUCGCCCCUGGGAUUGUGGGCGUGCCUGGAUUGGGACUCGGAGUGGGAUUGGGACACGGAUUGUGGGGCAGAUGAGCUGAUAGAUUGUGCUGAUAAUUGUAUAAGGAACUGAUUGAAUACUUUUUUGUCUGGAUAAAUAAUAAUAAUAAUAAUAA